AUUGAAUUAGUUUAAAAUAAACGGUGUGUCACGUACGGAGCACGUUCGUGUUUUUAGGCACCGAAAGAUUUUAACGUAUAUUACAGAAUGUCUGCAGAUUACCGAUAAAACUCAAGCACAAUAACGUUAUGUGUAAAUAACGCUGCGCUCGUGGCGAGUACAGUGAGAAACGCGCAUGCGUGCUGCGAGCUUGGGACGCAGUUAUAAGUUGUAGUGUGCUAAUGGUCUGUUAGCCUUCACUGACACACACUGACACACCGAAGCGGACACAUUAACUGAGUGCUGUGUGUAUGUGUGGAGCAGAGUGGAGUGGUGUGGAACAGGUGCUACGCACCUCAGAAACAGAAGAACAGGUGGCGGGGGAAUGAGUGGGCGGCGGGGGGUCCGUGGGGGGCCAGAGCCCCCCAUGCUAAGGCGGCUGAUCGAGAUUCCUGCUCCAGUGCUGACUCGGCACCAACUGAAGCGUCUGGAGGAGCAUCGUUACAGUAGCGCUGGAAAAUCACUGCUCGAACCCAUAAUGCAAUGCUACUGGGAGUGGCUGGUGGGCUGCAUGCCCCCAUGGAUCGCACCCAACCUCAUCACCAUCAUCGGCCUCGCCACCAAUGCCUUCACCACGCUUGUGCUCAUCUAUUAUUGUCCCACUGCAACGGAACAGGCUCCACUGUGGGCAUACCUGUUAUGUGCCGUUGGUUUGUUUGUGUAUCAGUCUCUGGAUGCAAUUGAUGGGAAACAGGCCCGGCGCACUAACAGCUCUUCACCACUAGGGGAGCUGUUUGAUCAUGGCUGUGACUCUCUGUCCACAGUGUUUGUGGUGUUGGGUACGAGUAUAGCAGUUCAGUUGGGGACAAAUCCAGACUGGAUGUUUUUCUGCUGUUUUGCGGGAAUGUUUAUGUUUUAUUGCGCUCACUGGCAGACGUACGUUUCUGGAACACUGCGAUUUGGCAUUAUUGAUGUGACUGAGGUGCAGAUCUUCAUUAUGGUGAUGUAUUUGCUGGCUGCAGUGGGCGGAUCUGCUUUCUGGCAGGCUCUGAUCCCAGUAUUAAACAUCCAGAUGAAGAUUAUCCCAGCGUUGUGUACAUUCGUUGGUGCUGUGAUUUGCUGCACUAAUUAUUUUAGAGUCAUUUUCACAGGAGGAGUCGGAAAAAACGGGUCCACCAUCGCAGUCCAGGGCACGAGUGUGUUAUCUCCAGUCCUGCACAUAGGCUCUGUUAUAUUGCUUGCUAUGAUGAUCUAUAAAAAAUCUGCCAUCCAGCUGUUUGAGAAACAUCCCUGUCUCUACAUUCUCGCUUUUGGCUUUGUCUCUGCCAAAAUCACCAACAAACUUGUGGUCGCACACAUGACAAAAAGUGAGAUGCAUCUGCAUGACGUGGCAUUUUUGGGUCCCGGACUUUUGUUUCUCGAUCAGUAUUUCAACAGUUUCAUAGAUGAGUAUGUGGUGCUGUGGAUUGCACUGGUGCUGUCCCUGUUUGAUCUGGUGCGUUACUGUGUGAGUGUGUGUAACCAGAUCUCCUCACACCUUCAUAUCUUCAUCUUCAAAAUUAAACCAGUAACAGCUCAAUAAGACUCACACACUGCUUGUGUGUGUGUGUGUGUGUGUGUGUGUGUGUGUGUGUGUGUGUGUGUUUAAACCCAUCAGCGUGCCCAAGGAUGAACCUGAUUUACAUGGUUUAUAAAAGACAUGAUUAUAUGUUUAUGGACACUUUAACUGACCAUGAAAAAAAGUUGCUUUAUUUAAAUUAUUCUGUACUAAAUGUAAAAACUAAUGCUGUGUGUGUGUAAAAACAGGUGCUAAAACUCAUCACGUUUCUGUAAAAAGAGUUUAGAAACAAUUUUUAAAAUAAAAAAAAACGGUUAGUAAAGUAAA